CCCCCAACUCUUUGUUAAAGGGAUGGAUCCUGUUCACGCUUUUGAAAGACUGCAUGGCAAUGGUGAUCAUGAUGGCGUUGAUGUGACCUCCUGGGUGUCGGUGUGUCCGAGAGGCCUCUGGAAAGUCCAGCAAAAGCUAAAACACAAAGGGAGUCCACAGACUGUUUCUAAUUCUGGAGAUGAUGCAUCAUUUUCAUCUAGUUACUGUCCAAGGUUGGGUUCACUGUGUCAAGUCCGAGUGCGGCUCAAAGCUACCAUGGAUAAAGCAGAGAGUUUAGUACCUGAAAAUAGAAAUGAGCAGCUGCCAGUCCAACCUGAUCAACCAGCGACUGAGGUUACAGAGGCUACAGCCUUCCCGAGGUGUCAGGACUCUGUGCUGCAGGUUCCACUGGGUGACUGGACAACACUGAGGCUGGGCGAGGGUCAGUGCGAUAUCACCGAAGCAUGUGUGGAGGGGAUGAGAGCGGGAGAGAAAUGUGAGAUACUGAUUUCUCCUGUGGGAAAUGGACAAGAUGUCUCAGUUCCCCAUACCAAUGAGGAAAACCUGCCUUUAUGUGCCACAAUUGAACUCAAAGCUUUCACACCAGGCAUGGAAUCCUGGGAGAUGUCUCCUGGUGACAAGUGGCAGUGGGUGAAGUCACACAAAGAGAGGGGAGGAGUAAGAUUCAGGAGUGGGGACAUGUGGGGAGCAGCAGACAGCUACAGCCGGGCCCUCAAACUUCUCAUCACUCUCCAUAGCCAUGUUAGAGAGGUGGAGAAAAAAUGGCAAGAGCAAAAAGAAGAGGAGCCGGGAGACACAGACAGGGGAGAUACAACAGAACAACUUCCUUCAGCCAAUGAGUUUAAAACCAUUAAAUCAGAGCUCCACUCAAACAUGUCCUUGUGCCAGCUCAAACUGAAACAACCAGAGCGGGCUAAGGCCAGUGCGGCUAAAGCUAUUCAGCUGGAACUGGGUGGGGCUAAAGCCUGGUACCGGAUGGGCCAAGCCUGCCAGAUGUUGAAUGAGCUGGAGGAAGCAGGGCAGGCGUAUAGGAAACUGCUGGAGCUACAGCCAGAAUCCCCUGCUGCUUUGAAGGCACUUAAAGACAUAGCAAGUAGAGAGAAAGAGAGAAAUGCCCAAUUGGGACUUAGACUAAGCAAAAUGUUCAGCUGAAGAUGAAAUAUAAUCAGUUUAUUAUAGAAUGUUAUCUGUAGAAUGGUGUGUUUCUUCUCAUGACACAAGUCACCGUGCAUCUACAGCCACUGCCUGAGCUCAAAUGUAAAACGAUUAAUCAGUGAAUGCAUGUUUUGCUCCCAACUCUAUGCUGCUUGUGUGUGAGAAGCAUGAAUGUAACUUCAAAGUAAAAACUACAUGCCAAAAAGUUA